AUGACCACCAACUUGUUAUCAAAAUAUCAGAACAGUUUUUAUUCAAACAACUCUUGGAUAAUUGCUCAGAAUGCUUGUCAAAAAUUUGAUCCUGCUGAUGUAUCCAUUUCAAGGGAUUGGCAUCAAAUGGGAAAUCAUUAUCAGUUAUUUUCAAACUUGAUCAAAACUAAAGGAAGACCAAUUACAAAUCAAAAAGAAUCUGGUCGCUGUUGGAUAUUUGCUUGUUUAAAUGCAAUAAGAAUACCGUUUAUGAAAAGAUUUAAAAUUAAAGAAUUUGAAUUUAGUCAAUCGCAUAUAUUUUUUUGGGAUAAAAUUGAAAGAAGCAAUUACUUUUUAAAUGCUAUUGUUCUCACUGCGAAACGUGGAGAUUGUUUAGAUUCUAGAUUAGUCAUGUCUUUAUUACACACUCCUAUUGAAGAUGGUGGGCAUUGGAACAUGGUUGCAAAUAUUAUUCAAAAAUAUGGAUUAAUGCCCCGCAUUAAUUUUCCAGAAAGUUAUAAUAGUACAAAAAGUGAUUUCAUGAACGACAUUUUAAAUAGCAAGCUCAGAGAAUAUGCCGUUGUUUUACGAAAUAUGGUUAUUAAUUCUGCAACGGAUGAUGUUAUUCAAAGUGAAAUAAAUAAAUACAUGUGCAUAGUAUAUCGGAUUGUGGGAAUAUGUCUUGGAAUACCUAAAGAACGUUUUGAGUGGUCUUAUUAUGACUGUGAUCAUAAAUUACAAUUAUUCAAUCAAAUAACACCUUUAGAGUUUUAUGAAACUUUUGUCAAACCGGUGUUUGACGUUUCAACUAAAGUGUGUUUAGUAUCCGACCCACGACCUGGUCACUUAUUCGGUCAUCUCUACGAAGUGAAUAUGAGUAAUAAUAUGGUGGAAGGCUCUCAAGUAGUGUUUAAUAAUCAACCAAUUGAAGUUUUGUUACAAGCAUGUUGUGAUUCUAUCAUGAAACGUAACGAGCCAGUUUGGUUUGGUUGUCAAGUUUAUAGGAUGCCACAAAUUUAUCAAACGUAA